GAGAUGGCUCUAUUUGAUUGGAUAGCAGUUCUGCACGCAACCGUAGGUGAUCUCUAUCCCUUCGUCUUCGCCAGUUCUGUUGAGUCUUCUAUAAUUUUGCUCUCAAUUAACGUGCUCCUCCACUCCCUGGCAUUCUGAUUCUCUCCAUUUCUCUCUCAUGUUCCGACAUUCCGAUCAUUGAUUAUCUCCCUCGGGGGAUCAUAGGCAUUGGGUAUUUGAAGAACUUUUUAGUUGGAGGGCAUGGAAUCACCAGUUGGUGGUUCAAGAAACACAUCUGUGGUUAUUGUUACACUGGAAAAGGGUGAAAUAUAUAUUGUUGUGAGUUUGUCCACAAGGGCUGACACUCAGGUGAUUUACAUUGAUCCAACAACUGGGUUGCUUUGCCAUCAUGGGAAGUUUGGUUCAGAUGUUUUUAUGUAUGAAAAUGAUGCUUUAGAUUAUGUUACUAAUGGGUCACCGUGGCGCUGUAAGAGUAAAAUACAUGCCAGGGCAAUAUUGGGCUAUGCUGUCCUGGGAGGGUUUGGCUUGCUUCUUGUUGCAACAAAGUUAUCUGCCAGUAUCCGUAAUCUGCCUGGUGGAGGGUGUGUUUAUACUGUUAUGGAGAGCCAGUGGAUCAAAGUAACACUUCAAAAUCCUCAACCCCAGGGGAAGGGAGAAGUGAAAAAUGUUCAAGAGUUGACUGAGCUUGACAUUGAUGGAAAACACUAUUUUUGUGAGACAAGAGACAUUACUCGACCUUUUCCAAGUCAUAUGCCCUUGGACAAGCCUGAUGAUGAAUUUGUUUGGAAUGGAUUUCUUUCAAUGCCUUUUAAAAACAUUGGGCUGCCACAGCACUGUGUCAUUCUUCUGCAGGGGUUUGCAGAAUGUCGGAGUUUUGGCAGUUCAGGCCAGAUAGAAGGAAUGCUUGCUCUCACAGCUCGUCGAAGUAGGCUGCAUCCUGGUACUCGGUACUUGGCCAGGGGUUUAAAUUCAUGUUUUAGCACUGGGAAUGAAGCAGAGUGUGAGCAACUUGUAUGGAUUCCUAAAGGGGCUGGUCAGACCAUUCCUUUCAACACAUACAUUUGGCGACGGGGCACAAUACCAAUCUGGUGGGGUGCAGAGCUGAAGAUGACUGCUGCAGAAGCUGAAAUAUAUGUUGCAGACAGGGAUCCAUACAAGGGUAGCAUGCAGUACUAUCAAAGACUGAGUGAGCGAUAUGAUGCUCGUAAUUUUGAUGUUUCUAUUGGGGAAAAUCAGAAGAAAAGGGCUUUUGUUCCAAUCAUAUGCAUCAACUUGCUAAGAAAUGAAAAUGGGAAAUCUGAAUGCAUUUUAGUUCAGCAUUUUGGGGAAUCUUUGAAUUAUAUUCGUUCAACUGGGAAACUUCCUCAUACUCGAAUUCAUGUGAUUAAUUAUGACUGGCAUGCCAACAUAAAAUUGAAAGGUGAAUUGCUAACAAUUGAAGGAUUAUGGAAACUUCUAAAAGGACCGACAUUAACUGUAGGCAUUUCCGAAGGGGAUUAUUUGCCCUCGCGACAACGGCUUAAGGAUUGCAGAGGUGAAAUCAUCUACAGCAAUGACUGCAAUGGUGCCUUCUGCUUAAGAUCACAUCAACAUGGUGUAAUACGUUUUAAUUGUGCCGAUUCUUUGGAUCGAACAAAUGCUGCAAGCUACUUUGGUGCCCUCCAAGUUUUUGUUGAGCAGUGCAGACGGCUAGGGAUAUCACUUGAUAGUGAUCUGGCAUGUGGUUACCAGUCUGUUGAUUAUCAUGGAGGCUAUAUAGCUCCACUUCCACCUGGCUGGGAGAAACGAUCUGAUGCAGUAACAGGGAAAACAUAUUAUGUUGAUCACAAUACUAGGACCACAACAUGGGAUCAUCCAUGUCCAGAUAAACCAUGGAAGAGAUUUGACAUGACAUUUGAGGUCUUCAAGAACUCAACAAUUCUAUCUCCAGUAUCUCAGCUAGCAGAUCUUUUUCUGAUUGCUGGUGAUAUCCAUGCUACACUUUACACUGGUUCCAAAGCCAUGCACAGCCAAAUUCUUAGUAUAUUCAAUGAAGAUGCUGGAAAAUUCAAACAGUUCUCUGCAGCACAAAAUGUAAAAAUCACCCUUCAAAGGAGAUAUAAAAAUACAUUUUCUGAUAGUUCUCGCCAAAAGCAGUUGGAAAUGUUCCUUGGCAUGAGGCUUUUCAAGCAUCUACCAUCAAUUUCAGUUCAACCUUUAAAUGUCCUUUCCAGACCAUCAGGUUUCUUUCUGAAGCCUGUUGCAAACAUGUAUCCAAGUCCAGAUGGGGGAGCCAGUCUUCUAAGUUUCAAGAGAAAAGACCUAACUUGGGUUUGCCCGCAGGCAGAUGUGGUUGAACUUUUUAUUUAUCUCAGUGAGCCUUGUCAUGUCUGUCAGUUGCUACUCACAGUAUCACAUGGUGCAGAUGAUUCAACUUAUCCAUCAACGGUUGAUGUCAGAGCAGGACGCUAUGUGGAUGGGCUUAAACUGGUUGUAGAGGGUGCUUCCAUACCUCGGUGUGCAAAUGGGACCAAUCUUUCAAUACCAUUACCAGGUCCAAUUAGUGCAGAGGAUAUGGCAAUUACUGGAGCUGGUGCUCGCCUUCAGGAUCAAGUUACAUCUACUACUACCAUGUUGUAUGAUUUUGAAGAAUUGGAGGGAGAAUUGGACUUCCUAACCCGUGUUGUGGCACUUACAUUUUAUCCUGCUGGUUCUGGAAGUCAUCUCAUGACUCUCGGUGAGGUAGAGAUCCUUGGAGUUUCUCUUCAAUGGACUGGAGUAUUUACCAAUAAGGGUCCUGGUGGCAGAUUGAAUGAGCUGGCAAAGGUAUUUCCAAAAGAAAAUGGCUCUCUGUUUACUAGUUCUGACACAAGCCCUUUUUCAGGCUCUUCUUUACCCAAUGAUACUCUCUCUAAGUCCGCUGAAGGCUCUUCUAACAAUUUGGUUGACCUAUUGACGGGAGAGGACAUUUCUUGCUCUGUUUCUCAGCCAAUGUCUGAAAAUGUCACUUGUGAGGGAGGGGACUUGCUUGAUUUCCUUGAUCAAGCUGUUGUUGAAUGUCAUUAUCCUGAAACAGCUAACUCUAAAUCGCUAGAUGCAGGGCCUCAGGAUAGCAGUGCUCAGCAAUACAUUAAUAUUCUAAAGUCGCUUGUGGGACCAUAUAAGGAAAAACUAAACUUCAUAGAAGCAAUGAAACUGGAAAUUGAACGUCUUCAGUUGAAUCUUUCAGCAGCUGAAAGAGAUAGAGCUUUGUUGUCGAUUGGAACUGAUCCUGCUACUAUAAAUCCAAACUUUCUGCUUGAUGAGUCAUACAUGGGGAGAUUAUUCAGAGUUGCGAGCAUCCUUGCAUCACUUGGGCAAGGUGCACUUGAAGACAAGAUUAAUGGUGCAAUUGGCCUAGGGAAUAUUGAUGAUAGUGUACUAGAUUUCUGGAAUGUUACUGGAAUUGGGGAGAGUUGUUCUGGUGGCAUGUGUGAAGUGCGUGCUGAGACCAAGGCAACUGCAUCUGCAACUGCUUUGUCCAAGGUGUCAGCUACAGGAGCUACAAAGUCUAUCUUUUUGUGUUCUAAGUGUGAGAGGAAGGUUUGUAAAACUUGUUGUGCUGGUAGAGGUGCCCUUCUUCUUUCCAAUUAUGGUUCAAGGGAGGCUACAAAUUAUAAUGGUUUGUCUGAUCAGGGUGGUUCAAGGGAGGCUACAAAUUAUAAUGUUGUUUGUAAACAGUGCUGCCAAAAGAUCGUUCUUAAUGCCUUGAUCUUAGACUAUGUCAGGGUUUUGAUUAGCUUACGUAGAAGAGCACGUGCAGAUAGUGCAGCACGUAAAGCUUUGGACCAGGUUAUAGGAUCCUCCUAUUUUUCUCACAGAAAUCAUUCCUCUGGUAGUCAGCAAAAUGCUAAUGCUCUGAAACAAUUAAUUGGUGAGGAGGAAUCACUUGCUGAAUUUCCAUUUGCCAGCUUUUUAUACCCGGUUGAAACAGCACCUGAUUCAGCUCCAAUCUUAUCACUGCUUGUUCCAGUGGAUUCUGAAUCACAGCACUCAUAUUGGAAAGCUCCUCCUAAUACUGCUACAGUUGAAUUGGAUAUUGUCCUUGGCACUCUUUCAGAUGUUAGUGGGGUCAUCUUGCUUGUUAGCCCAUGCGGUUAUUCUGAUUCUGAUGCUCCCACUGUGCAAAUAUGGGCCAGCAAUAAAAUAGAAAGGGAAGGGAAGUCAUGCAUGGGAAAAUGGGAUGUCCAAUCUCUCAUUGCAUCUUCCUCAGAGCUUUAUGGACCAGAAAAAUCAGCUAGAAGGGAUCAGAUACCGCGGCAUAUAAGAUUUACUUUCAGGAAUCCUGUUAGAUGCCGCAUCAUUUGGAUAACACUUCGCCUUCAGAGGCCUGGUUCAAGCUCUGUUAAUUUUGGGAAAGACUUUAAUUUCUUGUCUCUGGAUGAAAACCCUUUUGCACAAGUAAGUAGACGAGCCUCUUUUGGAGGAACUGUUGAAAAUGAGCCUUGUCUCCAUGCAAAACGCAUAUUGGUAGUUGGAAGCCCAGUAAGAGAAGAGUUGGAUCUUACAGCCACACAAAGCAAUGAUCAGUUAAAAUUUAGAAGCCAGUUGGAGCUACCUCUACUGUUAAAUAGGUUCAAGGUUCCAAUUGAGGCUGAAAGGCCAUUAGAUAAUGAACUUGUCUUGGAACAGUAUCUGCCUCCUGCUUCACCAUUACUGGCUGGAUUCCGUCUAGAAGCCUUCACUGCUAUAAAACCUCGAAUUACUCAUUCACCUCCUUCAGGUGCAGAUAUCUGGGACACAUCAAUGACAUUUCUAGAAUAUAGACAUAUCUCUCCACCCAUUCUCUAUAUACAAGUAUCUGCAAUCCAGGAGGGAUACAACAUGGUGACUAUUGCAGAGUACAGAUUGCCAGAGGCAAAGCCGGGAACACAUUUGUACUUUGAUUUCCCGAAACAGAUACAAGCUCGCAGAAUCAGCUUCAAACUACUUGGAGAUGUUGCUGCUUUUACUGAUGAUCCAUCAGAACAGGAUGAUUCCGGCAUUAGAUCAGUGGUUGCAGGAUUGUCUUUAGCAAACAGAGUUAAGUUGUAUUACUAUGCCGAGCCUUUUGAGCUUGGAAAGUGGGCUGCCCUUUCAGCAGUCUGACAGUCAAUUGCAUGGACUUGGAUGGGGUUUGGAUUGAGUUUUUGCAGCUGUACGUUGUUGCUUAUAUAUUCUUUUUUUUUUCUUUUUUUUGUUGAACAUAUUCAUGUUUUUAUGUUGUAUAGUAUUAGAUUGUAUCAAAAUAUUACAUUCAUUGGGGUAGUAACACGUUGUGAGAAAUUGGAUGGUAUCUCUUAAGAAAUUUUGCAAUAACAA